AGCCGGACGCUCACUCCGCCUCUGGCCUGGAAUAUUGAUCAAUUUCUUUUUGGGCGCUCUCUUGUGUAAUUGUGCAACUCGUGUUCGUGUGACAGUUGCAAGAUUUACCCAAAGCACUCGAAGUACUCGUUAGCCCGAUAUCGGUAUUGGGAUCUUCAAAAAAGUGAAAAGUGAUCGCGACAACGAUUGCACUUAAAAGCCCAUUGUUUUCCAUCCCCCUUCUCUCUGUGUAGCUGUUCGGUAAGAUGUCAUCGCAUGGGGCUCCAGUUUUGGCUGUGAUCUUCCUGAUCUCUCUUGGGUGUGUGACGUCACAGCGCACGUCAUUGGAUGUGGCUCUGAGGAAUGUCUACCGUCCGUUGCGUCUACUUGGCCUGGCCUUCACAGGGAGGUCUGGUGACGAUCUACAAAACGUGCAGCGCGUGCAAAAUGCAGGGAAAACCCAAAAAUCGAAUCCGCGGACUCGGGCCUUGCUCCAGUUCUGUGAUGCGGAGAACGGGCCCGGCAGACGCAGCGAGGAUCGACCGACGAGCGUGCAUCGUUUGCGACCUGGUGAUAUCGAUGUAAUCGGAGCAAUGGGCGACUCUCUGACAGCUGGCAACGGGAUCUUUGCCACCAAUCUGCUGCACGUGACCGUGGAGAAUCGGGGCGUGGUGUGGUCCAUUGGGGGCCAGUACAACUGGCGAAAGUACCUCACCUUGCCCAACAUCCUCAAGGAGUUCAAUCCGAACCUGUACGGGUACGCGAUCAAGGAUGGCAUCUCCACCGAUCGGACGUCCCGCUUCGAUGUGGCAGAGCUGGCAGCCAUGUCCAGGGACAUGCCGUACAUGGCCACGGUUCUGGUGAAGCGCAUGCAGCGGGAUCCCAAUGUGAACAUGACCAGGGACUGGAAGCUGAUCACCCUCUUCAUUGGGAACAACGACUUCUGCACCGACAUCUGCUACUAUCCGGAGCCGGAGAUGACGGUGAAGUGGCAUGAGCAGAACAUGCUGAAGACCUAUCGCUAUCUCCGGGACAAUGUGCCCCGUCUCAUGCUGAAUGUGGUGCCGGCACCGAAUCUCCGUUUUCUCACCAGCCUGUCGGGCCUCCCACCCGCCUGCUACAGCACUCUGCGGUUCGAGUGCCCCUGCCUGAUGGGGAAGGGCAAGAGGCGCUUGGACUACCUGGAAGGCAUCAUGAAACGUUGGAUCGCCAAGGACUCGGAGAUUGCCAACAGAGAGGAGUUCAAUACGGAGACCUUCACAAUCAACGUGCAGCCGUUCUCACAGUUUCGGGACUUCCCGCGCACCCGCUCUGGAAUGACGGACACGCGUUUCUUCUCCGAGGACUGCUUCCAUCUCAGUCAACGGGGCCACGCCGCUGCCGCCAACUCCAUUUGGAACAACAUGCUCGAGCUGCCGGGCGAGAAGAGCGGCUUUGCCACACAACUGUUUGAGACCUUCCACUGUCCCAGCGAGCAGCGUCCCUUCCUCAUAACCCGGGAGAACAGUCGCCCGGACUUUGUGAUCUAGCCUCAAUGGGACCUCCAAAUGGGACCUGCUUUCCUCUGUGAAUUCCCUGUGAUAUCUUGCCUAAGUCUUCUUUCCAUAUUCUUAUAUACUUUAAACUUAUAUAAUAUAUACUUUUUUUUUAGCCAUAAUUAGCGCCAUGUUAAAAUGUAAUUACGUUUGCUCGAUGAUAAAUUGCACUUCUUUGUGAAUCACAAAAUCAA